AUGACAAAACGUGCUCGCAUGGAAGACCUUGGCCUGUCGUCGAAUAAAAACCAGAUAAAUUAUCCCGGAGAUGCCGGAAUCUCUCAACGUCAGCCUACCAAAAAGUUGGUCAUAAGAACUUUUAAAGUGAAGCCAAAGUUGCCAGACAAUUUUGAAGAAGUGACAUGGGCCAAGCUACAAGCCGCCGUUUGGGCGAUCCAUACGAGCAAACCGGUCAACGAUAGUCUUGAGGAGUUGUAUAAAGCAUGUGAGAAUCUAUGUCUGCACAAGAUGGCCGAUAGGUUGUAUCAACGACUGCAAAAGGAGUGUGAAUCUCAUAUAAUAGAAGAAUUGGCGAAAUUGAGAAGCAAUGAGAGUGACAAAGAGACUUUUUUAGUAGCAGUGAAUCAGUGUUGGAAUGAUUGUCAACAACAAAUGGCCUUGAUUCGAAGUAUAUUCUUGUAUCUGGAUCGCACAUACGUUCUCCAGAAUUCAUCAAUAAUAUCACUAUGGGAUAUGGGCCUAGAGUUGUUCCGAAAACACAUAAUGUCAGCUGUUGAUGUGCGAGGGAAGACAUUAGAUGGACUGUUGUCUGUAAUACAUCGCGAACGACUUGGUGAAUCCGUUGAUCGUAGUUUGCUGGUCUCUCUCAUUCAUAUGUAUGUGGACCUGUCAAUAUAUACACAGGGCUUCGAAGCUCCCUUUCUACAGGACACACAUGACUUUUACGCAGAAGAAGGUCAGCGUUUAAUGAAUACACUUGAAGUACCAAAGUAUCUCGAACAUGUCAAACGACGGCUGGAUGAAGAGAAGGAUCGGAUAAUUGUGUAUCUUGAUAAGAAGACAAAAACCCCAUUGAUUGGUGUUGUUGAAGGCGAAUUACUUGAGCGCCAUAUCAGUGCCAUCUUGGAUAAAGGGUUUGAUGAUAUGAUGAAUUACCGUAAGAGUAGUGAUCUACGACUUUUGUACAUGCUGUUCAAUCGGGUUAAUGCAUCAGAUCGAUUGAAAACCGCCUUUGGAAUGUAUAUUAGGAAAACUGGAGCUGGUAUAGUCAUGGAUGAGAGUCGUGAUUCUACAAUGGUGCAAGAUCUCCUAGACUUGAAGUUCAAAUUAGACGACAUCGUAAAGGAUGCUUUCAAAGGAACUGAAAAUUUCGUCAACACCGUGAAGGAGAGCUUCGAAUCGUUUAUAAAUCAGCGUCAGAACAAACCGGCAGAACUUAUAGCAAAAUAUGUCGAUAGCAAGUUGCGAUCUGGCAAUAAGAGUAUGAAUGAUGAUGAACUAGAAAGUGUAUUGGAUAAUGUGCUUAUAUUAUUCAGAUAUAUACAGGGCAAAGACAUUUUUGAAGCAUUUUACAAAAGGGACCUCGCUAAGCGUCUUCUUUUAAACAGGAGUGCAUCAUCUGAUGCCGAGAAGAGCAUGUUAUCCAAACUUAAACAGGAAUGUGGCGCUGGGUUCACAGGGAAGCUUGAGGGAAUGUUUAAAGACAUUGACCUGUCACGGGAUAUUAUGAUGUCUUUCCAGGAUUCCAAGUACUGGUCGGAAUUGAAAGAGACACGUAUUGAUUUAUCUGUGAAUGUGUUAACGCAAGGUUUUUGGCCUACUUAUCCUCCAGCACCGCUUACUCUUCCCCCUCACAUGGCUCGGGCUCAGGAAGUGUUUAAGGCGUUUUAUCUAAGCAAACAUAAUGGUAGAAAUUUAAAGUGGCAAAAUUCACUUGGUCUCUGUGUAUUGGCAGCUAAUUUUCCAAAGAGAAACAAAGAAUUGGUAGUAAGUCUGUUUCAAGCAGUCGUACUAUUGCUUUUUAACGAUCUCGAACCAGGCAAGCGGCUGACAUAUGAGGAUAUCAAAGAAAGUACUUCUAUAGAGGCAAGAGAGUUGGCGCGCACUCUUCAGUCACUAGCAUGUGGCAAAGUACGUGUAUUGACCAAGCACCCUAAAGGACGUGAUAUUGCUGAGUCAGACGAAUUUUCAUUUAACGAAGAAUUCGACGACAAAUUGUUCCGUAUUAAGAUUAACGCAAUACAAUUGAAGGAAACGCCUGAAGAAAACUCGAUUACAACAGAGCGCGUAUUUCUUGACCGUCAGUAUCAAGUGGAUGCUGCUCUUGUACGCAUAAUGAAGAUGCGGAAGACACUUAGCCAUAGUCAACUAAUAACCGAAUUGUUUCAACAACUCAAAUUUAAAGCUACAGUUGCUGACAUUAAGAAGCGUAUAGAAUCACUUAUCGAUCGUGAAUAUCUUGAACGUGAUAAAGACGAUCCAUCGAAAUUGAAUUAUCUGGCAUAG